CAAUCUAGUUAUGCUCCUAACAGGGUAUUUUGUUAGGAGAUACUGACAUGGGUGGAUGGGCCUCCACGUCGCCAAGCCGCCAUCCAUCGGUGGAGGAGAAACGCGCUGGCCCGUGUGAGAGAUGAGAGCCGAUUCCAUCGGCUUGGCCAAGCCCACUCCGGCUGGCGGGGCCCGCCGGGCCCACUAAUUCAAAAACCCGGUCAAAAAAAUAUCCUAAACCCUAACCCAAAUCACUUUCCCCAAAUCAGUUUCCCCCCUCUCUCUCCCCCCGUUUCUCUCUCCCUUUCCUCUGCCUUUCUUCCUCUCCCGAACGCAGACGUCGCGACCCGCGGUGAUUGGAACUCGGCGGCGUCGAAUUAGGCGGCAGCAAAGUCUGGUGGCGGCGACGAUCUAGGCGGCGGCGGCGACCUUGCAGCGAAGGAGGAGAUCUCGGCGGCGCGACCUUGCUGCGAAUCGGAGAUAUCGGCGGCGACGUCUUGCAGCGAAGGCGGAGAUCUCGACGGCGGCGACCUUGCACUAACUCGGAGAUCUCGGCGGCGACGACUCUGCAGCAAACUCGGCGGCAGCAAUCUCGGCGGCAUCGAUCUUGUCGGCGGCGACGAAGCGGCGAUCUCGGCGGCGGCGGUUUGCAGGUGACUCGGGUUCUUGAUCAAGUGAUUUAUCUAUGACAAAGACUAAAACGAGCGGGAAAAGAGCGCCACCGACUUCACCCCCUCCACCACCACCACCGCGACAGCGAGAGGAAGAUGAGGAAGAAGAAAAUGCUGAAUCCGAAGCAGAAGGAGCUGCACAACAAGAUGAUGAAGUCGAAGCAGAAACAGCUGCACAAGGAGCAGCUCGAGGUCGGAAAAAUCGGAGAAAUUCGCGAACCACGAAGAGAGCGCGACGUAAUCCACCGCCAUUGCGAGAGGAGGAUGAGGAAGAAGAUGCUGAAGUUGCUGCACGAGUAGCUGCACCAAGAUAAAUGACCCACUUGGGCCCCUUCUUUCCAUUUCUCCCCCCUUGCCACCUAAACCCUACUAAGCCGCCACCAUCAGCUCCAUCUUUCAUCUCAGCUGGGCUAAAAAACCCACAAAACUCCACUGGGCCGUGUCAGUAUCUCCACAAAUAUCCAAACAACACAGAAAAAUAUCUAAACGACACAGACAAAUAUCCAAGAAAGACAAAUAUCCAAGAGAAGGAUCAUCCCAACCUCGUCGUGGCAUGAUCGAAACGUGGGGGGCUCGGAGGGACAUGAGAAAGAAGAUAAUCGAGAAUUUGCACAAGCAAGACAACAUUUGAACUAUUCCUUUUCUAUUUUUUUAUGUAGUUAUACUUUUUUAGAUUUUAGAUUAUGGGAUUGCCAAGUUGGAAUGACAAUAAAUACUAGUUGUAUCGCAGU